AUGUCUGAGGAAUCACCUGUCACUUUGGCUGUAGGGACUCAUACCUGGUUCCCGGGCGAUGAAACCAAGCAUCAGAGCAUCAUCUCCAUUAUGCGUGCUCGCAACAUUUCGAUUCUGGACACGGCUAGAUUAUAUGGCGGUGGAGCAUCAGAGAUGACCAUUGGAAGUCUGCAUUUAGGCCCAGAGUUUUCCAUCGAUACCAAGGCGCCAACAGGGUUUGCAGAGGGCUUUGCGGGCAAGAUUGAAGAGUCAGCUGAACAGAGCUUGGCGGCACUGCAGACUCAAAAAGUGCGAACGUACUUCCUUCACGGCGCCGAUGAAACUGUUCCUUUCGAGGAGCAAAUGGAAGCCAUCCAGAAGCUCUACGAAAAAGGCAGAUUUGAGCGAUUCGGCAUCUCCAACUUUAACCGCGGCCAGAUCCUCAGAAUCUACGGCAUUGCGAAGUCAAAGGGCUAUGUGUUGCCCAGUGUUUUCCAAUGCAGCUAUAGCCUUGCUGCUCGCCACCACGAAACUGAACUGUUCCCCACUCUUCGCAAGCUGGGUUUCGUUAUCCAGGCGUAUUCCCCCAUGGCAGGUGGAUUCCUAGCCAAGACACCAGAAUAUAUCGAACAAGGCCUGGGGAGCUGGGACCCCAACACGAAGACCGGGAAAUUUUCACGUGGCCUGUUCUAUAAGCCAUCAUACAUGAAGAUGCUUGGAGAAUUCGGAGCAUUGUCCGAGAAGUCGGGUAUUAGCCGGGCCGGCUUAGCAUAUAGAUGGGUGAGACAUCACUCCUUCCUCAAGAACCACUCAGGCGAUGAGAUGAUCAUCGGUGCUUCAACUUCGGACCAACUGGCCGACACCAUGAAGGAACUCGAAGGUGGCCCCCUAGAGCCAUGGGUUGUCCAGCGUAUCGAUGAGCUUUGGGAGCUGGUUAAAGACGAAGAGGUGGUUGAUAACUUGAAGACCAGUCGCAAGGUAUUCAGCUGA